AACACAUAUCCGUGCAAUAAUAAUAAUAAAGGAAAUAUAUCACCCCCACACAUGCCGGUGACCCAAGAGCAGUUGAGGAAGCGUGCGGAGCUAGUUCGCACCGGUGGCAAGGGUUCUGUCCGUCGUACGGUGAAGGCGCACCACAGGAGCUCGGGUGAUGACAAGAAGGUCCAGGGUACCCUCCGUCGCCUUGGUGUGACGCCGUUCAAUGACAUUGAUGAGGCCACCUUCUACCGCCAGGAUGGUACUUCCUAUUACUUCUCUAAGCCCAAAGUGCAGGCCUCGAUGCAAACGCAGUGCUUUGUAGUGUCUGGUGACUACGAGGUUAGGACAGCUGAGGAAGAAGAGUCAAAGAAGGAGUAGUAUUAUUCUUUAGUUUCCACGGGAAAAUGCUUUAGAUCACUUCUCCAUUUAUUGACACGGUGUUUUUGUGGACGAUACAAGUAGUUUUUUUUUUACUUUAUACUAUUUAUAUCCUCAAACAGGAAAAAUGUGGUCCAGAUUU